CGAGUCUAGUCACAUGGGCAUGACAUCAUCAGAGGUCCUUUAGCUGCCUAGGAAAUAGCAUCUACCGGUGGUGGUGAUAAGUGAGGUUCAGGUUCCUACAAUAUAGGAUCCGCUCAGCGUAUAUCUCCUAUAUAAGAUCAUUCUCCUGAUUGGUCCAUCAAGGAUGGAUAGGGAUGGGGACAAGAUGGCAGAGAGUAUAAUAAAUCUCACCCUAGAGAUCCUCCUCCGGCUUACUGGAGAGGAAUACAUAGUAAUGAAGAAGACCUCUAGUGAGCAUUGUCAGGCCCCGGUACCUGAAGGACGGGGAGGAAUCCUGAGCCCAAUAUCCAGGCCGACACCUCCCAUCCCGAUACAUGAGAAAGUCAACAGAGAGAGGAUCCUAGAGCUCACCAACAAGAUCAUUGAGCUUCUCACUGGAGAGGUUCCUAUAAGGUGUCAGGAUGUCGCCGUCUAUUUCUCAAUGGAGGAGUCUGAGUAUUUAGAAGAAUACAAAGAUCUGUACAAGAACGUUAUGAUGGAGGAUCACCAGCCACCAAUUGAAGAAGAGAAAACAACUCCCAGUCCUCUUCCUCUACAGGAUGAGAGAUGUCCUAGUCCUCUUCUUCUACAGGAUGGUUCAGAAGAACAUCAAAGCAUUCCAUAUGAUGAUCAGAUAGAUGGAAAUAAGCUUUUAAAUCAGGGUAAAGAUCUGAACAAUAUUAAGGCUGAAGAUACGUAUGUGAGGGGUGAUGAGCAGAUCAUAGAGGACAUUCCCACCGAUAACCACCCAGAUGACUGUACCAGGAUCUCAGAGAAACAUGUGAUGUCAGAUUUUAGAACAGAUGAUUGUGGUGUCACAGAAGAUACACAUGAUGAGCAUGCCAUUAUCUCAGACCUAUCCUCAGCCUUUCAGAACAAAGAUCUAUCAUCUGAUCCUCUGGAUGGAUUUCAAUCUCCUGAUUCAUCACAGACUGUUAUGCAAAAUAAAAGGCACAGAAGAAGUGUUCAACAUCAAAGAAGUCAUACAGGGGAGAAUGCUCUUUCAUGCUCAGAAUGUGGGAAAUGUUGUAAAUCUAAAUCAUAUCUUAUGAGACAUCUGAGAACUCACACAGGGGAGAAGCCAUUUUCAUGUUCAGAAUGUGAAAAACAUUUUAACUCUAAAUCAGAUCUUAUUAGACAUCAGAGAACUCACACAGGUGUGAAGCCAUUUUCAUGUUCAGAAUGUGAAAAAUAUUUUAACCGUAAAUCACAUCUUGUCAGACAUCAGAGAAUUCACACAGGGGAGAAACCAUUUUCAUGUUCAGAAUGUGAAAAACAUUUUAACACUGAAACACAUCUUGUUAUGCAUAAGAGAACUCACACAGGGGAGAAGCCAUUUUUAUGUUCAGAAUGUGGGAAAUGUUUUCAGCAGAAAUCACAACUUCUUAAACAUCAGAGAAUUCACACAGGGGCAAAGCCAUUUUCUUGUUUAGAAUGUGGGAAAUGUUUCACUGAUAAAUCAACUCUUGUUAAACAUCAGGCAAUUCACACAGGGGAAAAGCCAUUUUCUUGUUUAGAAUGUGGGAAAUGUUUUACUCGUAAAUCAACUCUUGUUAAACAUCAGAGAAGGCACACAGGGGAGAAGCCAUUUUCUUGUUUAGAAUGUGGGAAAUGUUUUAUUCGUAAAUCAAUUCUUGUAAUACAUGAGAGAACUCACACAGGGGAGAAGCCAUUUUCUUGUUUAGAAUGUGGGAAAUCUUUCCAACAGAAAUCAAAUCUUACUAUACAUCAGAGAAUUCACACUGGAAAGAAGCAAUUUUAA